CGGGUGGUUCCAGCAAAUCUCUUUCAGCUGUAGGGUAGUUUCGUGAGUGCACGCGAACACACGCCAACCAUAACAUGUAAUACGCGGCACAAGAAUGAAUCUUCCAAUGACACUAGGAUUCUCCGCUCGUUUGUGCUACGUUCAUUCAUCCAGUGGGGUGUUGGUGUGAGAUCAUGGGCAGCAAAAAAAAUCACACAAGUUGGAAGCAUCGAACGGCCACGACCGAGAGAACCGCCAACAGACACAGAGAAUCGUGUGAACCGUGUGGAAGUAACUGCGGAAAAAUUGUACUGCGAAAAUCUCACAUUUUUGUUGUUGUUGUUAUUAUAUCAUCACAUCACACAAAUCACAAACAGCGCAAUAUAACAACGGUCGAAGUGAAAACAUAUUGUACACGGCGGCGGAUACAAGUGUGGUUCGAUUUUUCAAGGGUUUCCUCAGUUUGUUAGGGCAUUCCGGGAUUGCGUUUAUUUUCGGGAAAAGCUGGAGCAGCACGCGAGCUGCUAGUUCGGAUGAAGUAUUCGACGGGAAUGACGGCGUGAAUUCUCGUGAGGAAACAUGGCAAUGUUCGGUGGGAGUCAUGAGGCGAUAAAUGGAUGUAAUCAGACACGAAAAUACUGCCUGCCCAUAGUGGAGAGAUAAUCUACAUCGGAUGUUGCACGGGUAGCUUUAUUAAACAAGAAGUAACAUCAGAAGCUGCAGGAAAAAAAAGGUCGAGCUAAAAUGGCCGUCGAGUAAAGUGCGGUCCGAGAGUAGUAGAGGUCGCGUGAGCUAUUGAGUUCGAAGAAAAAGAGGUGAGAAACGUGGCUCUAUCGUUUAUCCAGGACAAUCUCCUCCGGUGUCCUCUGCGGAGGUGUUCCUUGCGAUGUUCCUUAGAACGGAGCCCCCAUCAUCGUUCGUUCGUUGAUGCGUAGAUUUCGAGGGAAGCAUAUAGACACGCGCGAAAACAACCCGAAAGCAGGAGCGAAGCAGCCAAGUAAUCGAUAAUCAAUAAACGGAGACCCCGUAGCCGAAAAAAAAGAGGAAAUACAUGUACAAACGCCAGAGCACCAAAAUACGCAUUUAGAAUUAUCUCGCACAUCCCACUACAGCUCCAGCUGCUGCUCGAGUUCGGCUUCGACGAGGAGAGGCUGCAAAAAUUCGACGAUACCGGGAGUUCGUCGUCACACAACAUCCAGCGAAGCGAGUCGUGCUUUAGGCAAAUGUUUACAAAUAUAUCGCAUCCGAUUCGAACCGUUCCGAUACGUACAUUUGCGAAAAAAUAUGCCGUCAAAGUUAGACAGUGAGAAAAUCCGUUCAUCCCCCUAGUUCUUUAGUACGCUAAACAAUACGUAGAGAGGUAGAGAGCGAGCGAGCGAGUGGUGAUUGCGUCGCUCAACGGCAUCACACCGGCCCUUAUCAGUACGUCUCGUCUAUAUUGCCCGACAUAAAAUAGCAGCAGAGGAAUAACUUAGCAGUACGCCUCUCUCCAGUUUAGGCUCGUCGAAGCGAUUUAAGUUAAGGAAAUAGUGAACCCACUUCAACUCUGCGGAGCCACCGUUCUGCACCCGAAAAAAAACGUGCUGAAUCUGUUAUCUCGUGAACAUUCGCUCCGGGAAGUUUGUUGUGUUUUCUGUCGUCGAACAAAAGUCUAACAAUCUGUUACCAACGUGUCGUAUCGAUUGUUGCCCUACCUACCUUACCUACCUAUCUACCGACGAGCGGUGAAGAAAAAAAAUAUACGAAACAAAAAAAAAUAUUCGAUUAAAAGAUAAGCGACAACCUAAAUAAUUCAUAUAUAUAUAUUUGUAUAUAUAUUCAACAGUGGGAGGGUGACCGACAGAAGAAGUGAAAAAAGUACGACGGAAAAAGUGUGUUAAUAACUGUGAUAUUACGUAAAGUAAGGCAAACACGAAAGAACGAAGGAAAAGCGAGAAAACCGACCAGAAAAAGGAAAUUUUUUUUUUCGUCGCGAACACACCAGAAAGCCGCAACAAGCCGGAAAGGUGUGACGACAGCUGGAAGAGGCAAGUCGUUAGAGGUGGUGGCGGAGGGUGGUGGUAGUGUGAGUGUAACACGCACCGCAUCGCUUCGCUCCGUCCAGAGAUCCAUUUUCGUCGUCCCAAGGACGUUGAACCGUCCUUCUCCGUGCAGGAUCAUCGAAGACGGGCCAGGAUUGAUCACGCGCGCCACGACUGCCACACAAGCAGCGUAAAUGGUAAUUACCAUGGACUUCACACCGCUGCCGUCGGAGCUGGAGGAGCUGAUUUUGUGCAGCUGCUGUCACCUGCCGUUCAACGAUACGGAUGCGAUACCGAAGCUAUUUUCCUGUCGACACUACUUCUGUCUGAAAUGCGUCAACCAGGUCCUGAUGAAGGGCACCGAGCUGUACUGCGUGCACUGCUGGAAGCGAACGGAGCUCAGCGGUCCGGAUAUGAAGCCGGAAAACCUACCGACGCAUAAUGCGAUCCUAUACCUGUCGCAGAACUUGAGUAUGAUUUCGAGUGGAAGUGCUAGCGGCACUGCUGUCGGGGGUGGAACCGGUGCUGGAAGUGUCAACGGUGGUGGCAAUAAAAAGCCUCCCGACAAGAGCGGAACGAACGGAACUACGGUCACGAGUAAUGCUUUGAGUGGAGGAGGCAGCAGUGGAACCGGUACAGCAGGCGUAACGAACGGAAGUUCCGCUGCUAACGGUAACAUCGGAUUAGGUAGUAAUAGUGCGAAUACGGGUGGUGCCGGAGCGAUCGGUUCGGGAAAAUAUAGAAAUAAGGGCGAAAACUGUAUGACACACGCGAUGCCGAAUGCAUUGUGGUGUCUCAAGUGUAACAUAAUCCUAUGCCGGGCAUGUGCCAGCACGGAAGAACAUCGGAAUCACACGGUGAAGACCCAAGCGGAGGCACGCGAUCAGAUCCGGUCGGAUAUCGCCUCGGAUCUGCUGCUGAUGCAGAAGUCUCUCUCGGAGUUGCAGCAUUUCGUUUUCAAGCAACGUGAUUUCCUGCUCAAAAUCCUCGAAGCCUGCACGGCCCUGAAGACCCAGGUCGAAACGGAACUGAUCAACCAUCUGCCGACGUUCGAAGUGGCAGAAAUACGAAGUAAUCUUACGAAAGCGAAACUAUUUCUUAGCAUGCUCGACCAGCAAUCCCCAGCGGAUGCGUACAAGCUGUACGCCAAUCUGAAUAUCGAAAAACAACGUCUGCAGUCCAAGUACCAGGAGAUGUAUCUGCAGUGCAAGCUAGACGAUCUAAUACAACACUACGGAAUACUGUUUGACUUCGAGUUGAUCAAACAGGCGCUGUCGAAUCUGAACACAAUCGAUCCGAUUUCGUUCGGAAACGGUGCCAUUGGUGGACUGGGACUUACCACCGGCGGUACCACCCUCAAUGGGCAUCACAAUUCCAUACUGCUACUUGCCAAUUACUGUAUUUCGCAACUGUAUUCACGUCACAUUCUAACCACCAAACAUCACCACCAACAACAGCAUCAACAGUCGCAGCAUAUCGAUCACUCUACCCUAAGCUACGCCAUAUCAUCACCCUCGCAGACGGCAUCCGGAGUAGGGCUCCCGAAUUCGCCGAACCACCCGGGAAUCUUAGCAGGACCCCCGGGCAUGCCGCAACCUUCACACUCCGGAACCUAUGCAAGUCAAUUGAACGAUAUGGCGGCGAUCAUGAUUGCACCUCCGAUGCAUCAAAUGGGCAGUCGAACUGAUGGGACCAAUUCGGCACGUACGUCCGGUUCCGGAUCGACAUACCUGAGCGAAAUUCUCAACGGUAGCGCCAUGCAGCAUUUGCAUCAACAUUCCGGUUCUUCCCAGCAUCAACCCCUGACGCCUCCGGGCCACCCUCUAUCGUCGUCUUCUUCCAGCGUGGUAUCGCUCGUUCCUUCCACGGCGCAGCAGCAGGUUCAGAAGCAGGUCCAAGCGGCCGCUGUUGCAUCCUCCCUGCUCUGCAACCCGUCGCUACACGUCUAUCCGAUCUACUUCUUCAACAUCGAAAUCAACGGUCAACCGUUCGGCCGGGUUUUGAUCGAAGUCCGCAACGACGUGGCACCCAAGAUGGCGAAGAACUUCGGGGCGCUCGCUUCCGGCGAUCUGGGAUUCGGCUACAAGGGCUGCAGCAUCUUCCAGUGCUGGGAGAACGAGAGCAUUAUCACCGGGGACUUUGAGCUGAACAAUGGCCGCGGCGGACGGUCCGUGUUCGAGGAGGGAUUCUUCAUGCCGGACGACACGAAGAUUCUGGCGAUCCGCGGUUCGGUUGGGAUGCGCCGCAGCCAGAAGCGCCACGACAACAUGGGCCUGGUCGGGUCGCAGUUUCGCAUCAUUCUGCGGGAGAUGCGCGGAUUCACCGGGAUCUUUGCGUUCGUCGUGGAAGGCUUGGAUCUGGUGGAGAAGAUCAGCCAGGCCGGCGAUUCGGCCGGCAAACCGCAGAGCAACGUACUGAUUGUCAACUGUGGUAAAUGGCAGUAGGUGGUGGCCGGGGCCGGCGAUAGGCAGGGAGAAAGAGAGAGCGACAGACAGAACGGUGAGAGGGUUUCGACUUUUGCGUUAAUUAUUGGGGGGGAACCUAACUUUUUGGUUUUGUUUUCGAUUGUCCUUGUAUCGUGUAUUGAGGUAUAUGAUUAUUUUUUUUUAUAGAUGAAAUGCAUAGCUAGAAGCAGGCUGUUGUUAGUUUUUACAGUUUUAGAAUAUUAACUAGUUUCGGUAUUAGAGCUUUUAGUUGUUAAGGGCGUUACAUACAUACAUUAUUUGCAACAACUCUGCUGUGGUAGACGGAACCCUGGAGCCGCGCACGGGCGGGCUUCAUGAUGGGUGAUAGGUUAGAAAAGAGGCAUACAUAACGGGGGGAAAUGGAGUGUCUCAUUUGUGGUAGACAGUUUUCUGGUGUAAUCCAAACUGGCAUUAAUCUUUGAAUGAAAAGUUGAUGUAAAUCAUAGGAAAUACAAAUCCGGUUGACAGGAAUUAGAUAAUGUUCAGCAAAUUUUCAACAUGAGUCAAGCGUAAUCCGAUAGUCCGUGAACUCGAUUUAGAGUUGUCAAAAACAAUUUAAUCUACACGCUGACUUGAAAGCAGCCAUUAAUGAGUAGAAUUUCACCCAUUUCUAAGUAAAGUGGCUUAACACAAUAAUUAGUUAAACUUUUACGCAGUCAAUGAAAUUUUACACGUUAAUGGGACUAUCAAGUUACCGUGUAUCAAAUCUAGGCCAACAUAAAAAGGGGCGGAACAGCCAAACGUAAACAAUUAUGUUAAACGUCGUUUCUUUAUGAUUAAGUCACAUCCAGUCAAUCCAGUAUCUGCAUCUGGUACAGGAAGUUUGCUCUGUCAAGUAGUGUAGUUAGUUUGCGUGAAUAUGUUUUGAUCCUGCAGAAAUUGGCGUUUAAAAUCAUUGUUUACUUUUGGUUGUUCGACCCCUUUCCCAAUGUUGUCUAAACAAUAACGUAUCGGGAACAGAAAACCGUCUACGUAAUUUGUACAUGCUAAUAGUUUCACAGAUCCGCCUGUUUCGGUCCUUGAUCCGGUUUUCUCCCUUCGUGCGUCCCUGGCAAUGAACAUGAAUACCGUCAAUAUCCGGUUUCCGGAGCUAGACGUAUGUUUUGCUUGCAAGUAUUGCUGACAGCAUCUGUCAAAUGAUGGGCUACCGUACAGUCGUUCAUGUAAGAGUGCACGAAAGAACUCGCCAUCUUAGUUAUGUGACAGCAGUAGUAUGGAAAAAAAAUCUAUGUAAACAACAGCGUUGCCAGAUAUAUCAAUUUUCAAACUUAAGACCGAUAUACAGAUAAGGUUUCUCAGAAUUCCGAUUUUUGAGAUUUUAUACCGGUUUAAACCAUUUUUUU